AUGGCCACCAAACUCCCCGCCACCGAAAUCCACAAGCUCAUCACGCUCGUCAUCGACAACCUCGUCAACAUCAAAGAUGAAUCCGGCCAAUUCCUCAUGCCCCUCGCAGACGGGCGCAUAAUCGACACAAAAUCCUGGCACGGCUGGGAAUGGACACACGGCAUUGGCCUCUACGGCGUCUGGAAAUACUACGAGAUGACCGGCGACGAGAAGCUGCUCAGGAUAAUCGAAGACUGGUUCGCCGGGCGCUUCGCAGAAGGCACAACCAAGAACAUCAACACCAUGUCGCCCUUCCUGACGCUCGCAUACGUCUACGAGAAAACGGGCAACGUGACGUACCUCCCCUGGCUCGACGCCUGGGCUGAAUGGGCUAUGCACGAUCUCCCUCGCACUAAGUACGGCGGCAUGCAGCAUAUCACCUACCUCACGGAAAACUACCAGCAGCUCUGGGAUGAUACGCUCAUGAUGACUGUUAUGCCGCUGGCGAAAAUUGGCAAGUUGCUGAAUCGGCCACAUUAUAUUGCUGAGGCGAAAAAGCAGUUCCUCACGCAUAUUAAGUACCUGUUCGAUACGAAGACCGGGUUGUGGUUCCAUGGGUGGACAUUUGAGGAUGGUGGUCACAAUUAUGCGGAUGCGCGCUGGGCGCGCGGGAAUAGUUGGGUAACAAUUGUUAUUCCGGAGAUUAUUGAGCUGCUGGAUCUCGAGUCCACGGACCCGAUCCGUCAACAUCUUGUUGAGACGCUCGAGGCGCAGGUUGAGGCGUUGGCUUGUGUGCAGGCGGAGAAUGGAGGCUGGCAUACGCUCCUUGACCACCCCGACUCGUACCUUGAGGCAUCUGCGACUGCAGGCUUCGCGUAUGGCAUUCUCAAGGCUGUGCGGAAACGCUACAUCAGCGCGAAGUAUGCCCCUGUUGCUGAGAAGGCGAUUCAGGCUGUUGUGAAGGAUAUCGAUGCCAAUGGUGAGCUGCUUAAUACCAGCUUCGGUACUGGCAUGGGUCCGAAUCUGCAGUUUUACAAGGAUAUUCCGCUUACCUCGAUGCCGUAUGGCCAGGCGAUGGCUAUUAUGGCGCUGGGUGAGUAUCUGCGUACAUACCUGUGA